GAUGAGACUAUCGGUUUUGGUGCUUUUUGUAUACUUUGUGGUCCCUGCUGCGGGCUCCUUCGGGUUCAACACAACAGUAGACGAUGUUAAAAGACUGCGUGCCAGAGCAAAUUCUUCGAAUUAUGACAAGUGGAUCCGACCAUUAAAGAAUCAGUCAAACGUUUUAGAAGUAACACUUGGAUUAACUCUGUAUAGUGUAAUAGAUUUCGACCAAACCAAGCAGGCAUUAUCCACUUCCGUGCAACUCCGUGUUUAUUGGCAAGACGAGUUACUUGCUUGGGAGAAAGAAGACUAUGGUGGCAUAGAGGGCUUGCUUUUUGCACAAGAUGAUAUUUGGAAGCCAGAUCUAUAUCUGAAUAACUCGUACCACUCCUUCACAGGAUUUGGAUCUGACGAUCUAGCUGUAUGGGUUACGAGCGAUGGCAACGUCAGCUGGUACCCAAUUCAAGUACUGGAAUCACAAUGUUCUAUUUACACCUACAAUUUCCCAUAUGAUAACCAGACUUGCAGUUUGUUCUUUGAAUCGGCGAACUAUCCUGAAUCGCAGUUGAAGUUAUUGAGUGAAGGAGAAGAUGGCUUACAGCUGGCUUAUAAGAGAAACAACGAAUGGGCGAUAACAUCCACCUAUACAGUUGAGCACGAACCUGGAGCGGUUGAAUUCAAGCUUGAACUCCAACGUAGAUGGGGCUACUACCAGUACAACCUCGUCGCUCCAAUAAUUCUCGUCUCGCUUCUGUGUCCGUUUGUCUUCCUGGUUCCCGUAGAGAGCGGCGAACGAAGCGGUUUUGCCAGUUUGUUAUUUUUAACGUUUUGCGUCUUCCAAUCGAACAUCGGUGUUAUAAUUCCAAAAAAUGCUAACGGAGCAUCUUUCACGUCACGAUUCCUUUUUGGUAUGAUGGCCUUCACCGGCUUAAUUGUCUUUAUAAGUCUCGUUGAAAUCCGUUUGCAUCGGGAAAAAGAGUGGGUUAGAAACAGCAGUUUCCUGAAAACAGCAGAUGUCUCUAUGGGUAUAACGAUUUUUGUAGCAAUUAUUGUUUGGAUAAUAUGUUUGCAAACGAUAUAAGAAUUGUAUCGACGGUAUGUCCCCUAGAAAGCGAAGGAGGGAUGGAGAGAGGGUAGUCCCGACUAAAUUACACUAAGAGCUGAAAGAAGCAGCUAAAUCGAGUUUACUAGGGGAAGAUUUACCAUAAAAGCUCGUAUUAAGAAAAAUCAGCAAGCAUUGAUUCACCUACCAGCUCUCUAAAAACCUUAAUAAUGUGGCGUUCUUUCAUUUCAGUCAUUACUGCAAAAAAAAUCACAUCGCGCUAUGUUUAUUUGGCACAAUGUUUUUGCAAGGCUGAAUAUAUAUAUAUAUUUUUCAUUUUGUAUUUACAAAAUUGAAUCGCAAAGAUUUCAAUGAUGUAUUAUGAACUGGCAUUUGUUGCAAACUUCUUGUGGUGGCAGAUUAUUGUCCGUUUCAGACACGCGACCAACGCAAGUAAGUCGUAUGGUGCGCGAAAAUGUGUCGCACCACGGCCGUCAUUAUCCUUUGCGAUUCUCAUUGGCGUGUAUUCAUCGCGGAACAAUGUAUUAUACUCAAUUAAGAAUAAAAAAGUAUCAAUUAAUAUAAUGUUUAUUCUAUUUGACGCCUAUGCACUCUCAAUCUUAAAUUACUGGUCAAAAGUUCUGGAUACGAUCAAGGAGGUGCUCUAGAAAGAGUACACAACUAGGGGAAGAUUUACCAUAAAAGCUCGUAUAAAGAAAAAUCAGCAAGCAUUGAUUCACCUACCAGCUCUCUAAAAACCUUAAUAAUGUGGCGUUCUUUCAUUUCAGUCAUUACUGCAAAAAAAAUCACAUCGCGCUAUGUUUAUUUGGCACAAUGUUUUUGCAAGGCUGAAUAAAUAUAUAUAUUUUUCAUUUUGUAUUUACAAAAUUGAAUCGCAAAGAUUUCAAUGAUGUAUUAUGAACUGGCAUGUGUUGCAAACUUCUUGUGGUGGCAGAUUAUUGUCCGUUUCAGACACGCGACCAACGCAAGUAAGUCGUAUGGUGCGCGAAAAUGUGUCGCACCACGGCCGUCAUUAUCCUUUGCGAUUCUCAUUGGCGUGUAUUCAUCGCGGAACAAUGUAUUAUACUCAAUUAAGAAUAAAAAAGUAUCAAUUAAUAUAAUGUGUAUUCUAUUUGACGCCUAUGCACUCUCAAUCUUAAAUUACUGGUCAAAAGUUCUGGAUACGAUCAAGGAGGUGCUCUAGAAAGAGUACACAACCGUUUUGUAAAAUGGUUCUUAAUAUUAAACCCUCUAUAAAUACUCUUGAAUUGUAAAGCUAAUGGGGUAGAUUUCCAUUGAAAAUCGAAAUAAACAUUAGAAUGACAAAAUACUUUUUAAAGAUUCACUCGUUUGAACGAGAAAAUUGUAUUUUGAAUACAACUGCAAUCUUAAUGAUAUAGAAUAAGAAUUUCAUUGUGUCCUUUAAUGCCCCAUUUAUAUCAACUUACAAACAGAACAUAAUCAAAAAUAUUUCUAUACCCACACGAGUAUGCUUCAAUUUAUGUUAUGCUUGCCGUUGUUUUUUUAAGAAAUAUCAGUGAUUAAAAACGGAGAAUGCACUGUUGCAAACAGUGAAAAAUAACAGUGAAAAUAACAGUGAAAAAUAACAGUGAAAAUUAUCGAUAAUUUGCACUGUUUUACUGUGAAAAGACCUCAUCCUUUUAACAAAAUGAAGUCAGUAUUCCAGCGAAUUCUUCAAUUAAACUCUUUUACAAUGUAAAUAUUACGGUGAAAAAAGAGCAUGAAAUAAAAAGAAAAUUUGUUGGAUUCAGUGGAAUAUCGAUUUUAAUUCACUCAUGAUCAUGAGAAAUAUAUACAUUUUCACUCGUGGCUGUGCCACUCGUUAAACUAUUAUUCUCUAUGAUCACUCAUGAAUUAAAAUCGAUAUGCCACCGAAUCCAACACAUAUGCUCUAUAUUUACGUUUAAUGGAAAGAGAAAAUAAAGCCACUGUAUACAAGUUGGCAACUUACUGUUACAAAGCUUUCAAAUGACACGUUAAUGUAUGCAGUUAAAAAAAGCCAAAUUCGGUCGAUUACAUAGUUCUCCAAUUGUUAACUAGUCCUAGCCUUGUUAAAUAUUUAUGGUCCGAUGUAUAUAUAUUUUAAUUGCUGGUGUUCUUUUUUAUUAUUGUGUAAGUAUUGUACACGUGCAAAUUGUGUCGCGUUUGUUGUCUAAAUCGUACGAUAUCAUUUAAUUUCCAAAUAUAGCAUUAGCAAAUAUAUCCUUAAAUAUCAUAUUUAUUAGUUUCGCAUAGAUGAACUAAUUAUAAUAUAUAUAUAUAAUGUGGAGAUUACAUUUAGAACUAAUAGAUUGCUUUCUAAAUAAUAUUAUAUCAUUUACUAUUCACCGAGGAACAAUAUCCCUGUUGAUCAACUAUUGUUUCGUGUUCGUAUAUUUGGUAAACAAUGGAAUAAUAAUUUAACAUUAUUUAACUACCAUUAAGUUUACGUGGAUAUAAUAUAAUAUAGCUUUAACGUUUUCAGCGUUUUUCAUAUGCUUUAUUUCUAAAAUUAUUUAACUACGAAUGAAAAUAACAUACAGCCAGCCAUAAAGUAGGAUUGAUGCGAUUAUAUGUGUCCUGACUUCACAUUAACAUAUUUUCGCAUUGAAAUAAAAAUAAAAACCUUCAUGUUUUGAAAUGUAUAAAAAGAAAAUCUUAUAUAUGUAUUUAAAAAAAACUAAUGAAACUAGAAACAGAAUUAUGUUAACAUUUUGCAAUUUAUACGUUUGAUAUAUGUGGUCAUUAUGUAUUUACAUUUUCACAAAAACGUGUUUAUUUCUUGUAUUAUAUGAAUUGAUCUAUCUUUGAAUUGAUGUAUGGUAUGUAUAUUUUUCAAACGCAUGCUGUUAUUGUAUACAUGUUUAAUUCUAAAUAAACUUAUCUGUUA